GCCGGCUUCAUCAUGGCUUCUAUACGUUUGCACGGUUUGGAUCAGCUGCCAGAAAACGGUACGGUAUCACAAGCCUCGGAUCUUCCCAAUCCGAAGCCGCUUUUGCAGGUGGAUCAAACCGUGCUGCCGUUUCUCGGGGGGUUCGGCCGCUACCAGAAGCGCUUGGUGGCUCUGACAUGGAUUCCUACGCUGCUUAUAGCUUUCGGUCAGUUCUCGGAUUAUUUUCUUCUGGCACAGCCCGACAGUAUUUGUGCCCAUCCGGACGAGCAUGGCACAAACAUGAGUGGGGUGAGUGAACUGAUUGGCAGCCCUGUACCGCCCGAUCUGCUCAGCAAUACAAGCCGCACUGAGAGCAUUAGCAGCCGCUGUUCGUGUGCAGAGAGGAAGCUGGAGCUUCAGCUGGGACUGCAGCAGAAUGUGGUUACCAAGUGGCAGCUGGUGUGUGAUGAGGAGUGGAAGGUCCACAUUGCGAAGUUUUCCUUGCUGGUUGGCUCCAUAUUUGGUUACCUGCUGAUGGGCGCUGUGGCAGACUGGAUAGGUCGUAUUCCUGUGCUGAUGGUAUCGGUGUUGUCUAUGCUGGUGUUUGGCAUAAGUGUGGCUUUCUCAGUGGACAUGGCCAUGUUUAGCACUCUGCGCUUCUUUGAAGGCUUUUGCCUGGCUGCUAUCAGACUCUCUCUCUAUGUGUUGAGGAUUGAGCUGUGUUUGCCCGGUUGGCGCUUCUCCAUGACGAUGGUUGCCAGUCUGGUGGUGGUGGGAGGGCAGCUACUGAUGCCUGGCUUGGCAGCACUGUGCCGUGACUGGCAGAUUCUUCAGGUCCUCAUCAGUGUACCAUUCGUUCUCAUGCUUCCUUAUAUUUGUGUGUUCCCUGAGUCACUGCGCUGGUUGUUGGCCACUCAGCACUACUACAGAGCAAAGAGGCAAAUGUACUCUAUUGCCAGAAGUAACGGCGUGGAUACAGCAAGUGAUCCAAAUGGACUUCUUUUAGAUCUGGACAGAGAGCUGCAGCAAAAACCCAAAACCUCCUGCAUUACACAGCUGAGAACCAAGAGAAACCUUUGGAAAAGUACCGUAGUGCUCUGUGUUAACUCACUGACUGGCUAUGGGAUCCACUACUGUUUUGCACGCAGUGUUCUGGAGGGAAGCACAUCUCACCUGCAUUAUUUUGCGUUGGCGAGCAUCGCCUUGGCCUCAUGUGUGGUACUAUGUCCUGUUGUGGUAGCGUUUGGUAGGAGAGGCGGCCUCCUCACCUUCAUGAUUAUCACAGCAUUGGCUUCCUUACUGCAGCUUGGCCUGCUCAGCUUAAUUGGAAAGUACAGUCUUCGCCACGAUGCAGUUUUAAGGGACACGCUAAACCAACGGUUCUCUGUGGCAUUUUCCAUCAUUGGAAUGUUUUCAUCUCAUGCUGUCAGUACUCUGAGUAUCUUCUACUGUGCAGAGAUCACACCCACUGUCAUCAGGGGUGGAGGAGUAGGUCUGGUCCUGGCAAGUGCAGGAUUUGGCAUGCUAACAGCACCACUUAUGGAACUCCACAAUCAGAAAGGCUUCUUCUUGCACCAUGUCAUCCUCACAUGCUGCACACUCCUGUGCAUAAUCUGCAUACCCUUACUGCCAGAGACUGCCGGACAGCCGCUGCCUGAGACUCUGGCAGACUGGGAGCUGCUACUGCGCAGACCCCUCCUUCCAGGAGAGCAGCAUCACCUUCUGGCCAGGUCAGAGGUACGGGAGUAUUCGUGUGCUCAGGACUCAUCGCUUCGUCAGGCUGGCAAUCCCAGUAACAACACAGCACCUAGUACUAGUAACAGCACAGCUAAUGGAGUUAGGACUUGAUGGUGUGUGUGUGUAAUGUGAAUCACAUCCAGGCCGAGUGAAGAACUACAGCAAAUAUCUGAUUGGCCUGCUAGAACAGAGAUUCAUCAUGAGGUUAAAAGAUUUUCUAGAUUUUAACCAGUGAAUGAUGAUGAACUGCUGACUAUAAAACAGGUUAUAAAUAGUCAUGAUUUUUAAAACCUCAUAGGUCAGCUGAACUGAGGGUGCAUGUUGUGAAGUGUUGUGAAAUUGAACGUCAAUGUAACUUCACUUGAGCAAUGGAUGGAAAUCUAUUUUUUAGGUUGUGAUUUGAUGAUGUUGACAAGUUGUAUCACAUUGAUCAGGUUUUCAAACUAGUUUUGUACUACGUCCAGAAAAGCAAUCAUUUUAGUCAGUCUGUUUAGUUUAACCCUACAUUCAUACCAGCGUCCUUGUGUCCAGAAGAGGCGAGUGGAGGUCGCUCAUUUCUAACUACAGCGACCAGAGGCAGUGCAAAGCUGGUGACUAGACAAAGUAGGCCAAGGUUUAAUAGGUAUAUUCACCCGUAAUGUUGUUUUUGAGCUGGAAACUAUUGUUAAUAAAGGUCUUUAAGGAAAUUGGCUAUAACAAUAAAAUAUUUUUAAUG